GGGAGGACCACACCACAAAGGCUAUUUCUUCUCUCUCUUUAGACGAAGCCAUUCACCAUCUCUGAAAUAUUUUCCAGUUCCAUCCACUCCACUGUUGCCCCUCCCACUUCGUCUUUUCUCUCUCUCAAUCCCCAAGAAUUAAACAAGUCAGUAUCUGCAUGCCUUCUUUCGAGCAGCAAUCGGAGCAGGAGCAGCAGAAGCCAAUCUGACAAAGCUUGCAAGGACGAAGCAGAAUCAAAGAGGAUCAACUAAAGUCAGGGAAAGAAAUUCAGGAGAUAAGGAUUUCUGCUAAUCCCUGAUGAACCACUCCACCCUCUUCAUGUCAGCAAAAGCAAAACAAUAAUUAAAAGCCGCUCUAUGCACCCUGCCAUGACCCGGCCUCAAGUGGUCACCCCUCAUAGUGAAAGAUCAACCAAACUUAUAGGAUAGGGAAUUAAUUCUCUUUCACUACUUAUAAGAACAGAUCGAAAUUAGCUGAGUAUUAAUGGAUCGAGAGCUUCACGGCCAGCCAGCUGCAGCUAUGGGCUACUCUGGCUUCUCAUUAGGAGGCAAUUUCAGGAUGCAGGGAUACGAAAGCCAUGAUCUUUACAGCUUGCAGGCAACUUCAGCUGUUGAUUUCCCUUCAAUUGUUUCUUCUCCGCAGCAAAACUUCUUCUUUAAUGAUGGGAAGUUCAUUUCUGCGCAAACAGUAGUUACCGGAAGCCAAAGAUUGAAGCUUUCCAAGUACGUAUUUGCAGCGCAGGAGCUGCUCAACGAGUUCUGCAACCUUGGAGGGUUCAUAAGAAGUUCAAAGCAGAAGUCACAGAGUAGAAGGUUAGUGGGAGGAGGAACUGCUUCCUCCGCCUCUCUGCGGGACCAUUCACUCAAGUCUCUCCACAUACUAGAGCUACAAAAGAGAAAGGCUAACCUGCUGAGUAUGCUCGAAGAGGUAGACGGGAAGUAUAAAAAAUACUGCGAGCAAAUGGCGGCGGUGGCUUCGUCGUUCGAAUCGGCAGCCGGCGAAGGUGCGGCGACGGUGUAUCUUGCACUGGCGUCGAAGGCUAUGUCGAGGCAUUUCCGAAGCUUGAGAGAUGGUAUUGUAGAGCAAAUGCAGGCGACGAUGAACGCGAUAGCAGAGAGAGAUCCAAUUGCAGCGCGAGGAAUAAGCAGAGGGGAGACGCCGAGGCUGAAGCUGAUCGACCAGUUCUGCGUUAGACAGCAGAAGGCGUUUCAACAAGGAGGAAUUUUUAUGGAUCAGCCGCCAUGGCGGCCUCAGCGAGGCCUUAUAUAUUAUUUAAUCAUAUUGUACCCAAGCGAUGUUGAUAAGCAUAUAUUAGCGAGGCAAACCGGGCUCUCCAGAAACCAGGUUACCAAUUGGUUCAUCAACGCAAGGGUGAGGCUAUGGAAGCCAAUGAUCGAAGAGAUAUACUUGGAAGAAACCAAGGAGGACGAGCUUGCUAACCCAACCCGCCCAGCCCAACAAGACAAUCGGAACCCUAACCCUAGCUUCUCCACUGAUCCCAAAGAGCCGGCCAAACUGCUCACCGACCCGGACUCCCUCAACUCCAUCAUCAACGCCGACCGCCGAGACCAUUCGAAUCAGAGAAGCUUCCACAACUACCAAAAUCAGGUGCAGAGAACAGAGCAUUUCGGUGUAGCGGACUUCGAUUUCUCUUCCUAUAGCGAAUGCAGCGGCCAAAGCUACAGCGGCAAUGGAGUCUCCCUAACGCUUGGCUUGCAGCAUCACAAUGGAGGUAGCAGCCGCCACGACGGUGGUGGCUUCUCGUUUUCGCCGGCGAAUAAUCAGCAAUUCUCCAUGAUCGACGGCGAGGCGCAGAAGCCUACUUACAGGAGCUUGAUGAGAGGGCAGUUGCUGCAAGACUUGGGCGGGCAGAGAGCCGGCUGGGCUUAAUUUGGAGAGGAUUUUAGUAAGUACUUAAAGUUUGAUGGAAAUGGAAAUUGGUGUAUUCAAUAAGUAACAGAUUGGGAUUUGGAUAUGAUACAAAAUUUAGGGCAGAGUACUCUGAGUCAAAUUGGGAUGAAGAACAAUUUCUCUAUCCAUCAACUCUUCUGUGAAAAAAAAUCAAAAUUUAGAAAAAUAUAGCCAUUUUCAUCUUAAUUUGGCUCAAGAUAUUCUGAUUUGAUUAUUAUUAUUAUUAUUUUUUGGGAGUAGAAGUGGAGUGCAUGUAGUUGGGUGUCUAUAGUAGUUGUUUGUUGCUUUGUUUGUUUAGUUUAUUUCAUUUGAAUUUUUGAAUAUAUUUGUUCUGUGGGAUUUCAAAUUUUUUCUAA